GGACAGUGAAUCUGAAGACCUCUCCCACUCACAGAAGAACAAUCAGCCUCUUCGUUUCCUUCUGUGGCUCAUCUUCUGCAGCUGCAUCUGGGGAAAUGGCCGCCAAGGGGAAAAUGGGCUACAAGUGUCGCAUAGCCGCGGUUCUGCUGCUCCUGCUGGCCAGCGUUGCUGCGCUCGUUGCUGUCGCCGUCAUCCAGAGCAACUGGAGGUCCAAAGAGUACACCUUAGAGUACGGCAUAGUGAUCGACUCCGGAUCAUCCCGAUCCAACAUCUACGUGUACGAGUGGCCCGGGGAGAAGGAGAAUGAAACGGGAGUGGUGACGGAGAAACUGAACUGUCGAGUUGCAGGUGCUGGAAUAUCCGACAUGAAACUCGACCCAAAGAAAGACGCACAAUCAUGGGAGAGCUUCAAAGAAUGCAUGAAAAAUGUCUCAGCGGCCAUUCCUGCCAAAAAGCACAAAAGCACCCCUCUCUUCUUGGGCGCCACCGCUGGAAUGAGAUUGUUACAAGAGCUGGAGCCACAGCGGGCCAAUGAAAUCCUGGAAAGUCUGAGAGAAUACCUCCAGUCUCUGCCCUUUGACUUCCAAAACGCAUCCAUCAUUACUGGUCAGGAGGAAGGCCUCUUUGGGUGGAUUACUGUCAACUACCUCUUGGGAAACUUCCUGGAGAAAAACCUGUGGAAUAGCUACGUCCGCCCGCAGGCCUCAAAGACGACGGGGUCAAUGGAUCUCGGUGGUGCAUCCACACAGAUCGCCUUUGCGGUUCAUGAAGAACUGAAGGGGCCUGAGUACACGCACGUCAAACUGUACGGUUACCCUUACAACGUCUAUGCUCACAGCUUCCUCUGCUAUGGCAAAAACGAGGCGGAGAAGAUGGUCCUGGACAACGUCGUCCAGAAAACAUCGAACAGCGACUUCGUUAACAACCCCUGCUUCCCGGUGGGCUUCAACAUGACCAUGAAGGCCUCGUCCAUUUAUGACACGGACUGCACAAAGACACCGAAGAACUACAACCCCAAUCUAGAGUACUUCAUGGUGGGAUCGGGCGACACAGACCAAUGUAGGAGAAUAGUGGAAUCCAUAUUUGACUUCAGCCCGUGUUCUUCUGCCCACUGUUCCUUCAAUGGAGUGGAGCAGCCGCCAGUCGCUGGGGAAUUCUUGGCAUACGCAGGGUACUUCUUCAUCGCCAGAGCUCUGCUGAUGAAUGAAUCCAGUGAAAUCAUCCGACCAUCAGAGUAUGAUGAAUUCCAGAGCUUGAUCACACACUUUUGCAACACUCCUUGGAAUGUGCUAAGGAUGGAAAAGAAAUGGAUCUACGACAGACACCUUCGCACGUACUGCUUCGCCUCCCAUUACGUGUUCACUCUGCUGACCAAAGGUUACCAUUUUGAUGAAGACACGUGGACAAACAUCCACUUUAUAAGAGAGGUGAAGAAGACGAGCGUAGGUUGGAGUUUGGGCUACAUGCUAAGUAGCUCCAAUAUGAUCCCGUCGGAGGUGAAGGAAGUCCUCCCGUUGACGGAUCCUGUCUUUGCUGGUCUUAUCUUUUUAUUUUCAGCUCUAACCAUCGUUACCGUCAUCGGCAUUUGCAUUAUUCUUAUUCGCAUGUGCUACUGAGCUACCGAGUCGUGUCUUACAUCGUCUGUGUGUCCUUUAAGAGCAUAUUUGUUAGGCUUCGUCUGAAUAGAUUCAUAAAUGAGUAAAAAACAGGACUCUAAUAGAAGUAUUACACGGGUAAGGUGAAGCCAUAAAAGUACUUAGCAAAAAUUAAUGCGUUAAUAGGAGAACAAUCGAUGAAGUUAAAUAUGUAACAAUGAAAUAAUCUUGUUGUGUUUAUGUUCCUUUGGAAUUAAAAGAGGAAAUAAGGGGAUACUAGUACAUGGAUUCUCAAAUUGUGGCACGAGUACCACUGGUGGUACGUGGGCUUCAUCAAGCGGUAAUCAGGAAGGUCAGAAAAUAAAAAAAAGUAAAAAUAAAGACAUAUUACAAGAAUAUACAUGCAUGAAAUAACCAAGCUGUCCAUCUGACAGAUCGCAAGCUAGCAAGACUGUACUGGAGAAUGUAUGUUCUGGAGAAGAGCGCGGUAAAAAGUGAAGGCUUACGUUGGGUUGCUGGGGAAAGUCCAUCCUCAAUGAAGCCUUUAAAGUACGCUCUGACAGUACUGUUUGAUGCCCAAAACAGACAUGGCUCCCCUAUUAUUAAUAAUGCACAAUUUGGACCUUUGACCUUUACCCAUCCAUCAGUUGUCUAUGUCUUGAAGGGUGAUGGGUGGGGGGGGGGGGUCCUGCAGCCUAACCAGUUGAGAACCACUCUACUAAACUAUCCGUCCAAAACAUCCAUAAUAUCAUAGAUAUCAAUAUCAUUCUAUGUGUUCAUAGAAUACAGUCUGUCCAACUUAGCUGUUGUAGAGACAUUGCUAGUGUGUUCAUGCUAGCAAUGCUAAACCCUCCAGUAGCACCAAUACAGUAUAUUCAAGUGCUGUGUUCCCCCUAGUGGAUGGCUGUAGUAUUGUUCAAAAUUACCUUUUUCCUAUUUAUUUUUCCCCCUAAUAUUUUGGUUUGAAAAUUAUACUACCCCCCCCCCCCCAAAAAAAAGUAAUAAUUUGAUUAUUGCUAUUUUCUUUACAUCCAAAAGUGGAGCCAUAUUGCAACUUAUUAUUGGAUAUUUGGGCCUCAUUUUGUACGCUGACGUUUGCUCCAUGACACAUAGACGUGAUAGAAAGUCCAGUUGUUUUUUGUGUUUUUAUUUUUCAUACUGAGGCCUCAAUUUAAGUUUUGACUGAUCAUUCACAACACUGGAUUUCGAGGCACAGAAGAAUGCAGAAUUGAUGGUCUUGAAUUGUAUUCUUAUUAUAGAAGCUUGGUUUUAAUUAACAGAACAUGCUUUUUUAAUCUCAGGGACACACUGGCAUUGAAAGCAAUUAUUUCCAUUAUUACCAUUUUAUGACUGGAUCUUUUUUUUUCCACUGCACUUCCAUAAAGAGGCACGACCUCGCCUGGUUUUACUCCAAUAGUACAUCCUGUAUGUAUGCACUUCAGUUGCACUAAAUGCAUAUGCAAAACAAUAGCACUUUUGCUAUUUCUUUAUGUUGAUGUACUUGCUGUGUGUGUGUGUGUAGAAUAAUUGGCUUGUGGAAACUCAGUUGAGAUAAGUCAUAAGUCAAAUCCAUGUUAGAUGAAGCUUAUCGUGUAUGCUAUUGUGUAACAGCGAUGUAGUAUGAUUGUUUGCGGAAUCAGGCAACAUUUGGUCCCCCAUCCAAAGACUCGGCCUGCCGUACAUCCGCUUAAAUUCUGUUUAAGAAUUUAAACAGACGGAAUGCAAAGGUAGGAUGUGCAAGACAUUUCUUUAAGUUGUCCAUUUUAGCUUGGCAGCCAAACUUAAUUCAUUUCCCGCAUGGUGAUGUUUUUAUUUGUGCAAGAUUUUCUGUAUUGUUGUAUUGUAAAUGGAAAAAUGAUAUUUAAAAAAAAAAAAAUCCAAAGGUCAUGUCUGGCAGCAUGAAUGAAUUCCACAUCAUCUUUGCAGUUGUGCACUAAUGUGAUGUUUUGGUAAUGACUCACAUUAUAAUAAAUAUAUCUACCACCUGUGCGUGUUUGUGGAAUCACAAAUCAAUGGCGGGAUAAGCUUUCCCUCUUCCACAUGCAUACAGUGCCCUCUAGCGGUAGUGCUGUGUAGCUGCACAGUGCACACUCUAGAGAAGACUUAGUCAUUUUUUAUUGAAAGAUUUGUCUAGAAAGGAAAAAAAUGAACCCAAAAGAGACAUUUGAAACUACAUCAACAUCCACUGGCUCUACAGACACGCUCAGGAUCACAAUUGAAAAGACAUGGAGGGCAUGUGACCAAGCAAAUA